UUAGGGAUACAGUAGGAACAAGCAAACUCCUUCUUCUUUCCUAUCUGUGUGGAAAAAGAAAACCCUAAAACCCUAGAAAUCCACAAUCCACCACCAAAACGCUUAAUUUCUCUGCUGCGCGCGCACACCCACACUCACACACAGAGGAAUCCGAACGAUCCCAAUGGACUUCGACGAGUACGAGUACUUGGAGAAGACAGUGGAGGAAGACCGCGACCCCUCCAAGAAGAAGAAGAGUAGCGACAGCGCCGACAAGACCGAGAGGACUUAUCGGAAGCGCGACCUCGAAGACGAUCUCGACGGCGAAGAACGGCGGAGCCGGAGGUCGAGAGGCGACGACGAGAAUGGCUCCAAGAAGGAUCGUGACAGAGACCGAGACCGCGACCGUGACCGUGACCGGGAUCGAGAACGCCGCCACAGGGAGAGGGAUGGGGAUAGGAGUGGUAGAGACAAAGAGAAGGAUAAGGAUAGGGACAAGGAUAGGGAUAAGGAUAAGGAUAGGGAGAAGGAGAGGGAGAGGAGAGAUAAGGAGAGGGAAAAGGAACGUGGUCUAAGAGAUAAGGAGAGGGAGCGAGAGAGGGAGAAGGAGAAGGAGGAGAGGGAGAGAUCCAGGAGGAGCAGGAGUCGUUCCGAGAGAGAAAAGGAGAAGGAACCGGAUUUCGCAUCGAGAGAUGGCAGGAGAUUUAGGGAUAAGAAAGAGGCUGGGGAACCUGAGGCAGACCCAGAAAGGGAUCAGAGAACUGUUUUUGCAUACCAGAUGCCCUUAAAAGCCACAGAGAGAGACGUAUAUGAGUUCUUCUCAAAAGCUGGCAAGGUGAGAGAUGUUCGUCUGAUCAUGGAUAGGAACUCCAGACGAUCUAAAGGAGUUGGGUAUAUUGAAUUUUAUGAUGCGAUGUCAGUGCCAAUGGCAAUUGCUCUCUCUGGCCAACUUCUUCUUGGGCAACCUGUGAUGGUGAAACCUUCUGAGGCUGAAAAGAACCUUGUUCAAUCUAAUGCUUCCAGUGGGGCUGCUGGAGUAGCAGGACCAUAUGGAGCAGUGGACAGAAAAUUAUAUGUGGGGAAUCUUCACUUUAACAUGACUGAGAGUCAGCUGCGAGAGAUUUUUGAGCCAUUUGGUCCGGUUGAGGUUGUACAAUUGCCUCUUGACAUGGAGUCAGGACACUGCAAGGGUUUUGGGUUUGUUCAAUUUGCCCAUCUUGAACAUGCCAAGGCAGCUCAGAGUUUAAAUGGGAAGUUGGAGAUUGCUGGCAGGACUAUCAAGGUUUCAUCUGUAACGGAUCAUGUUGGAAGCCAAGAUGCCGCUGCAAAAUCUGCAGACUUAGACGAUGAUGAAGGUGGAUUGACUUUAAAUGCUCAAUCAAGGGCGUUGCUGAUGCAAAGGCUGGCUGGCGCUGAUAUUUCAACAAGCGUUGGUGUGCCUAUGAUGAAUGGAUCAGUUCCUGUUCAGCCCGCUUUUAGCUUGCCUAUUGGUAAUCCAGGUAUUUUACCUGGUCAAGUAUUGCCAGCACAAGUGCCUACCCCAGUGGUAGAACCUGUAGGUACCCCCAGCGAGUGUUUACUAUUGAAGAAUAUGUUUGAUCCAAGCACUGAGACGGAACCAGAUUUUGAUUUAGACAUUAAAGAGGAUGUAGAGGAAGAGUGUUCGAAAUAUGGCCGGGUGAAGCAUAUUUAUGUUGACAAAAGAAGUGCAGGUUUUGUGUAUCUGCGGUUUGAUACAGUGGAAGGAGCCAGUGGUGCUCAACGAGCAAUGCACUUGAGAUGGUUUGCACGGAGGUUAAUUUCAGCUAUCUUCAUGCAACCAGAGUUAUAUGAAGCCAAAUUUAAAGGGGAAUCUUGAAGAAGUGCGCAUAGUUCUCUAGGCCCUAAGAUACAAAUCUGUUCAAUUUUGUGGUCAUAGUUUUCAUAAAUGAAGUCUGGUUUAUAGUUUUUGAUUCAUGAAUUGUACUAGAUGUAUGGUUUACAGAAAUUGUAAUGCCAGAGGAUGGUGAUAUUUAUGACCAGUUUACCAUUUUGAAUAUCGAUGUAUUUUAACAAUCAUUCCAUCACAUUUUAUCCUC